AUGCCAACCUAUCGUAUUGAGCUUGCCAGCACCGGCAGAGCUGGUUGCAAGAAUAAAGAGUGCCAGGAGAAAAAGGAGAAGAUUCUUAAGGGGGAGCUGAGACUGGGCACAUUCGUUGAUACUGAGCAGUUCCAAAGUUGGGCGUGGAAACAUUGGGGAUGUGUGACUCCAAGGCAAAUUGCAAGUAUCCAGGAAAUCGUGGAUGAGAAUGGUGACCGUGACAUGACGCUUCUGGAUGGCUACGACGAGAUCCCAGCCGAGAGCCAGAAGAAGGUCGCAGAUGCCGUGGAGCAAGGCCAUGUUGAUGAUGAGGACUGGAGAGGAAAGGAUGAUGUCGAUGAUGAGGAGGAAAAGAAGGAUGACAAGACCAAAAAGGCAUCCAAACGGCAACAAGCCAAAAGGAAGGCUGAAGAUGAUGCCGAAGAUGAAAAGCCAGCUGCUAAAAAGGCCAAAUCCAGUUCCAAAGUGACUUCUAAGAAGUUUAAAGCGGAGAAGGCUGAACCAAAGGAAGAGGAAGAAGUUGAGGAUGAGCCGUCUGAAGGAAAGAAGAAGGCUAAGAAGGCGAAGGGCGAGAAGGAGACGAUGGGAACCAAAGAGAAGAAGGGAGCCAAAGAAGAAAAGAAAGUAGAGAAGGUGGUAGAGAAGAAGGAGAAGAAAGUGGUAGAGAAGAAGAAGAAAGAUACAGAGAAGGAGAAGAAGGUGGCAGAGAAGAAGGACAAGGACACGAAAGAGAAGAAGGAAACGAAGGAGAAGAAGGAUAAAAAAGCACCAGAGAAGAAGGAUAAGAAAGAUACAGAGAAGAAAGUGGCAGAGAAGGAGAAGAAGAAGCCAGCUGCAAAGGCAUCGAAACAGACGGCGGACAAGGACGCACCAGCCCGUCGAACAAGUGGUAGAGCUUCACGCUCGAGAACCGCAGCCAGCUAA